CCUGCGCAGGACGGCGCGUUGGGUUAGCCCAGAGUGUGUGUGCUGUACCUGCGGUCGCCUUCGUUCCCCAGUGGCCGGCGGAAGCCCGGACGCUGGGAGUCGAGGUUCUCCGCAGGUUGCACACCAGGCCAGCGGCUGAUCCUGAGCCUCCAUGUACCACAGGGGCCCCCCGGGAAGAAUGGCCACCAUGGGCAGUCUGCUUGGCCUACUGCGGCAGCACAUGCUGAUGGGGGCUGCCCCUGCGUGUCGCCACCUGCACCUGUCCUCCCAGAUCGCUGACAGCAACAGGGCCUCACUCACGCGCGUGCGCCGGCAAGCCUAUGCGCGCCUCUACCCCGUGCUCCUGGUCAAGCAGGAUGGCUCCACCAUCCACAUCCGCUAUCGGGAGCCACGGCGAAUGCUUGAGAUGCCCGUGGAUCUGGACGCCCUGUCCCCAGAGGAGAGGAGGGCCCGGUUCCGGAAACGCAUGGCCCAGCUCACAGAGCAAAAGCAGCAGGAGCCAGAGCUGGGCGACGACUUUGAUGUGGAGCGGUACAAGCAGUUUUGGACCAAAAAGUGACUGUGCCUGGAAGCUGGCUGGGUUGGGGACACUGUGGGCGGGGAGGGUGAGCCUUUAAACAUGGUGUGUUCACAAA